UUCUUGUGUCGCUUGUUUGUGCCGAGGGAGCCGACAGCUGUUGAAGUAUUGCAGUCGUACUUGAUGUUUCUGCGUCGCCAUAAAUCCCGAAAAGCGACUGAUACUGCGCAUCACCCCGGGAGAUGGAUAACAAUAAACGGACUGUGGUCGUCACAGGUUUUGGACCAUUUGGAGAACACACAGUCAAUGCCAGUUGGGUAGCAGUGCAGGAAAUGAAAAAGCUUGGACUGGGUAGCGAAGUGGACCUACAUGUUUGCGAGGUUCCUGUGGAAUACCAGGCAGUUCAAAGUCUAGUACCGUCAUUAUGGAAGAAGUAUCAUCCCAUGUUGGUAGUUCAUGUUGGAGUGUCAGGAAUGGCCACAACUGUCACACUGGAGAAAUGUGGCAGGAAUCAUGGCUACAGGGGCUUGGACAACAGCAGCUUCUGUCCCGAUUCCCAGUGCUGCGUUGUUGGAGGUCCGGACUGCAUAGACUCGGUUAUUGACAUGGAGUCAGUCUGCAAGAGAGUAUCCGCCUCUGGUCUGGGUGUGGCAGUGUCUGUCUCCAAAGAUGCCGGAAGAUAUCUUUGUGACUUUACUUACUACACGUCUCUCUACAUGAGCCACGGCCGUUCUGCCUUUGUCCACGUGCCUCCUCUCGGAAAGCCAUACACCGGGGAAGACUUGGGUCGUGCACUGCAGGCCAUUGUCCAGGAAAUGCUGGAGCUCCUGGAUGAUGUGAAGGAGCAGAUCCACUGUCUGCAGCACUUCCACUAAGUGACCUCUCGAUGCCAGCCAGCCUCUCCUGCUCUCAUCACACAAGAAAAGGAAUUGCUGCUCUCAACCACAUGUACUGUAGCCAUGUUUUCUCAUGUUUCUAUUUUAAACAUCAUGAACAAAGCGUAUCUUCAGAUGUUUUCAUUGCCAUUCAUUGCGUUGGUUAGUGUAAUUGUCAGAGGCAGAUUAAAAAGCAUUUGCUUAACUCCACAUUCAUGUUUCAGAGCAAUUUACAUCUUUAAAUACUGUAACAUGCAACUGAGUUUUUCCUUAUAUGACUGCUGUUACUCCAGUUAAGGCAUGUAUAGUGUGAUAGGGUAUUUGAAGGUGUAAUGGAAGUCAUGUUCAGGGAAAUACUGUGGUCUCACAUUAUGUUUUUAGUGAACUUCUGCUAUGCUUGUAUCUUGUUAUCUUAUUUGACUCGUUAUCGUCGAUUUAGACAUCAUAGCAUUAAUAUCCUUCCUCAAUUAUUCUGAAAACUGCUUUUAUACUCCACUGUUGUUGUGAGCUUUUUAUCUUAAUAAGAAGAAUGUAAUUGCCUUCAAAGAUUGAAUCGGGGAGUGGGUUGGUUCCAUUUCAUAUUCCCCACAGUUUGUCAGCCCAAUUCUGACUUAGAAAAAAAAAACCCCAACCUAAUAGACCGCAGAGAUGUACAACAUAAUUUAACAGAUGUCAGUUGACAAGUUGCGGGUUAUUGAUUUCAGGCUGCACAAUUCAAAAAUAUUACAAAACAACACAAACUAAUAAAAGGGGUAAAGAAAGGUUUGAUCUGGUACACAGUAGGCAGAGUAGGAAUUUUCGAUUGGUGAUGUACUUAGGUGAUGUAAGUACCAAGUUGUCUCAAGCUGAAUCCAAGUUCCUCUUUGAAGCUUUCUGAUAUUCUCUUAGUCCAAUCCGACAGUGCUGCUGAUUAUACUUAACUAUACUUUGGUUUGAUGACCUCUCAAUUGUGUCAGUUUUUUUUUUUUUUUAAACCCGUGUAGCACUUUUUACAAUGUAUUUCUUGGUAUCUGAAAUUUUGGACGCAGUUUUGUAAUAGUCUGGUUUGUAUUUAGUUUUUUUUUUUUUUUUGAUUGAGCCCCUUGCUAAUAUUUAUUAGUACAUGAUUAAUUUCCAAGGCAACCUUUUGUUGUUGUUUUUUUUCCAAAACUACACCAAAGGUAUGCAGUCUGUAUACCUUUAAUGAAGACAGAGCCUUUUUCACUAUUUUUAAUAUAGAUCACAGAUUUUCUUUUUCACAAGUUCUGUUUAGGUUUUCUGUUUUGCCAAAUUUUUAGUUUAUGGUCUGAGAUGGAAUGCAACGCUAGUCCCAGUUUGAGUGUUGUUUUUAAUUCUGUUCCAUUUUAUUUUUGUUUACUUGGUUCUGAAUUGGAUCAUCCUUUAUUGGGAUGUUACUGGAGGAUUUCCAGAAGAUAUGACCUGAUUAAUUUCUGUGCCUUGUUGAUAUUUGUAAUGGUAAGAACUUAAAGUGUUCAGUUGGUCAGAUGUUCAUGUAUGUAUUGUCAGAUAUAUGGCUACCUCAAAGAAAUGUUGUUGUUUUGUCUCACUCAUCUCAUAUAUAUUCAUAAUGGCCCGUGUGUUUGUACAGGAGCAUCAAAUAAAAAAUGCCUCAUUGGCAUUAGCAAAGCACUGUUACAACAAGUCAUCUUUGCUUUGUGAAAGGAAAGGCUUUGAAAUAAAGAGAGAUUAAGUAUUGCUAAAUACU